AUGUUUUCGUGUUGUCAAUCUCGCAAGUCGCGACACGGCGAAACCCAACCACUUCUCCCCCAACAUGAUGCCAACACCAAUUUGCAGCGAGAGCUGCAGGAUAAAUUGCACCACUACGAAAUGGUUCGGGCGAUGUAUUCGGGCUUCAUGCCAUCAUCUACUCAGAUCGUUUCACAUCUCCGUGCCUUACUGGUUUCAGAUUUGCUGAACCCAAACAAUCUGACUCUGAGCUCGGCGGGCCGGCAGCUAGCCAGGGAUUGCAGGGCCUGGAUUAGGGUUUUCAUCGAAUUCCUGCGCCAGAAAAAUGGAGAAGAUCAGCUGCAAGAAGCCAUCUGGAAUUUUUCAAGGUCAACUGCAUCCGUUGAUACUUCUGAUCUUGCUCAGAGGGUCUCGUUUGCAAAGGCGCGGGCAGACAGUACAGCUGCAUACGAAAGCCUGCGCACUAUAACGGGUCUUUUAAUGACAAACGCUGAUUUCCGUUUAUUAGUGGGUGACCUGACGACAGUCUCUCGCCAGAUAUUUGCGGACACGGCUGCCUCUGUAUCUGCAGCUGCAGCAGAAGUUUCACAACAGGUGGAACCCUCCGAAGCCCAGAAAGAUGCUAUUGGCGGAGAUUCUUCUAACGAAGAGCCACCUACGACUGAAGACGUUGCUGAGGAAGCAGAGAGAGUUGCAGACAUAACCAUACAAGGAGUUAGCCAGGCAAGCCGGGACGCUGUGGAUAGCACGAUGAGCAAUUUUUCUGGGAAACAGAGGAAGGCUAUCCUGCACCGUAUCAAACAAACAGUGGACAACCUGCGAAAAAGGGAAGAUUAUUCAAACUCUGCCAACACAAUUUCACAAAUUAUUCAGCAUUACUUAAUGAUAUAUUAUCGGCUUAUGGGCUCAACCGUUACUGACCUCGGAGAAGAUAUCGAGGUGAACAAAGAGCUCAAUCAAGCUAUUCGGAGCUUGUGGGCCUUUCUAUCGUCAUUUGGCGAACGGGAAGACUGGGAAAUCUUAGAGCAAAAUUUUUCGAAGCUGCUCAAAAACUACCAAGAUGAUGAAGAGUAUCAGGAGCUUUUUAACAAUAUUGGAUCCACCCUCUUCAGUUUAUUGACUGACCCUGACUUUUAUAACUCAGCUGAAGAAUCUAUCGAUUCAUUAAAGGAAAAGUUAAAGGUAGCCAGUACUGAUUCAAACCAAGAGCUAGCCAACUUUUUCGAUCAAUUAAAACAGACACUGCUAUCUGUUUCUCAAGACAAAAGUGUUGUUAAAAUUAUCGCUGCCUCCAAAGUUCUUAUGACGCAUUUGGUGGCAGCGUUCCGUGACGAUCGCAGUCGGUUACCAGCCGAUAUAUUGCACAUAUUUUUGCCAAUUCUGAUUCGAGCCGUGCAGCAUAUCCCGAUUCCAAGAUUGGAGGUUUCUGUCCCCGAAAUGGAUCUUCUGCUUGAGAAUGUGAUUCUGGAGCCUGGCCAUACCAUCCACGCAUCUUCAUUCCUUCCAUAUCGCCUGCUCUUCACGGCCACAAAUAACUUUGAGCUUCGAAAGACCCACUCUAAGGAAACCACCUCUGCAAUGACAAAUAUAAUAAAUAUUACAUUGAAUGGACUUAAUAUUAGCGCGCAGGAAUUUGGGUAUUGGGUUCGCGUGCACUCGCCCCCUUACCUUCCAUACUUUGGUGAUGAAGGAAUAGCAAGUUUUGCGCUCGACAAGCGUGGAAUUGACAUAUCUCUUGAGAUUGCUAUCGGCAAACAACGUUUAGAACAAGUGUUCUCUCUGCGAGCUGUUCGUGUUUGCAUCCACAAACUCGAUUACACCAUCAAAAAGAGCAGCUGGUCCUAUCUCUGGUGGAUUGUCAAACCGUUCGUCAAGCAUAUGGUUCGCCGCACCCUGGAGAAGAAGAUUGCAGAGCAAAUCGUGGCUGCAGCGCAUGUCAUCAAUCGCGAGCUUGUGUUUGUGCGAGAGCGUUUGAGAGCGGCGAGAAUUGCCGACCCUGAUAAUUUCCUGACCUUUGUCAAAGCUGUGAUAACAAGAAUGACACCUACCCAGGAACCAGACGUGUACACCAGGGUGGGAGUCGAUGCGCCACGCCAAGGCGUAUUUGAAAAUGUGUAUACGCCUGCCAGCUUGAUGAAAAUCUGGCAUGAAGAGGGAGAAAGAGCUGACGAACUUGUUGAUGGUGGAGAUGAAAGUGGUGUGAGGCUUACUUGGAGAAAUCGGAUUUUCGAUUAUUUGUCGUCCAGACGCCCUUCCCAACAGCCCCUUCGAACGGUUUGA